AUGGAGGAUCUUCAACAAGGCCAGAGGACAGCAGCGGCGUCUGAUCCAGCUCGGACGGUGAUGUCACCAGAGGUCGAGCGGGCUUCAGGCACUUCUACCGCUGCUAAGGCUUCCACAGCAGCGACCGCGGACAGGAAGGCAGCAGAUGCCCUAAGGAAGCGAAAGGCGAGAGAACAACUCAGAGAUGCAAACGUCAGAUCAGUGCGAGUUGAGCUGCCGCCGACGCUGGUGGAGAAGCUGGAGUUGCUUGCUCCUUUGUACGGUUAUCAAGCUAGAGUCUCGUCGACGGGGGAUUGGGAGUCCGCCAAGGUGGGUGGCUUCUUGGGAAAAGUGGUGGAAGACAUGUUUGCGGGGCCCGAGCAAGCGCCCAGUCUUUGGAAGGCGUUGAAUCUGUAUUGGAUCGGCCACCCAAGUAUGAUCGUAGACGUGGCUCCCUUUCCUCUGGCCAGGCAACCGGAAGACAGCACCAAUCCCACCACCCCGGUCCCGCAGCCUGCACGCUCCCCAUUCUCGUUUUCUACUCCUAGCGCCACCCCCCCCAUAUCCCCUUAUUCUGGGAGCACAAGCACGCCGUGCUCGUAUCAUUCUCGAGGACCUCCGUUCAUUCCGCCCCCUUAUACGCUGAAUCAGAGAGCACAAGAGCAGCAGGCUCCCCAGGCUAUUGUCAUGGAAGAGGACGGAGAGGAGGAGAGUGACGCGGGAGUCGAGUUGCAGGAAGGCACGCAGGCGCCGGAGGUGUCGUUCUUGCAUGUCUCUAGGGCUUACCAGCUGAUGGAGUUUUGUGCAACGCAUGGCGCUCAUGGCAGUGUGAUCCCUAGUCCUCACACAUGGUUGGGCCAGUGCCUUGCUGUGCGGCUGAGGUGCUCGGGGUGCGGCAUUGAGUUCACGUGGAUUGCGAGCGAGAUGGAGCUCCUCCACGGGGCCCCAGAGCUGAACGGCCGGGGUUAUGCGGCGUGCCUGUCGGACGGCGGGACUUACGAAUUGCUGCGAGCAUUUUACGCAGGCAUGAAGAUGCCGCCCCUUUCCAAAUGGGCGUUCUAUCGAUUCCAGAAGCACCGCCUGGCGCAGGUGGUUUUUGCGAUGCGGGACGAGAGCUUUGCCCGCGCGCUACAGCGGUGCGGGGCGGACGUGCGGGUCGAGGUGGACUGCCAGUGGGACACGGAUCAAGACGGAAAGAACAGUUGCACCGAGUUCCUGGACAACCAAACAACCCUCAUCCUUCAUGCAGAAGUGGUGAGCUCUAAAGAGGGGAUCAAGGCGCAGGCUAUGGAGACGGAGGGUUCGGGGCGGGGCUUGCUUCACGUCAAGGAAACUCUUGAGGGGUUGGCUAGGGAUCUGGAGGAAGGUCUCCGAGAGUUCGCUUUGGCGAACAAGAUUUGUUAA